CUUUUUCUGAAGAAACGAACCCGCCAAUAGACGACCCACGAACCUCUUUCUGAAGAAACGAACCCGCCACAAUGGCGCCAAAGUCUAAAGCAAUAAAGAAUUCAAGUUCAUCUCAUCCACAUGGCAUAUUCUCGGGAAUGGUCGUUUUCUUAGUCGAAAAAGGAGUUCAAGCUCGUCGACUGCAGAUUUGGAAGCAGAAAUUAGCGCAAAUGGGGGCUGUCAUAGAAGAGCGUUUGUCCAAAAGGGUUACUCACAUUUUGGCUAUGGACUCUGAUUCCCUUCUCCGGCAAUUGGAUAGUGAGCAUUUGUCACGUUUUAAAGGGAGAGUUCUCCUUUAUCAAUGGUUGGAAGACAGCUUGAAGUCGGGGGAGAAGCUAUCUGAGGAUAUGUACAUACUGAAGGUGGUCCCGGAUGAAGAAAAUGUACCCGAUGAGACUUUGGGUCCUGAACCAGCUAAUGGAAGCAGUUCCAGUGACAAUAAAGGAUUACCCAACAAAAGGAUGAAAUCCUCUUCCGAGGAUAUUGAAAUUGUAAAUGUUGACGCUACUGAAGAUAGAAGAGAAAAUGAAGUAUAUUCAUCACCAAGUACAGCAAGCAGUCAUGAUGAUUCAGUUGGCUGUUUACAUUAUGCAAGUACAAGACCUCAAAGCCCAAAUGCUGAAAAUGAGGCACCAUCCUUAACUUACUGUCCACCUGAUCUAAACAAGAACAUAACGGAGAUAUUUGGGAAACUUGUGAACAUAUAUAGAGCUUUGGGUGAUGAUCGGAGGUCCUUUAGCUAUUACAAAGCUAUUGCGGUGAUUGAGAAGUUGCCAUUUAAGAUUGAAAGCGUGGACCAGGUCAAAAACCUGCCAUCAAUUGGAAAAUCAAUGAAAGAUCAUAUACAGGAGAUAAUAACCACUGGCAAGUUAUCCAAGUUGGAGCACUUUGAAACUGAUGAGAAGGUGCGAACAAUAUCCUUAUUUGGAGAAGUGUGGGGUAUAGGUCCAGCCACAGCACUAAAAUUGUAUGAGAAAGGACACCGUACAUUAGAUGAUCUGAGGAAUGAUGAUUCGCUAACAAAUGCACAAAAGUUAGGGUUGAAAUACUUUGAUGAUAUUAGGCAAAGGAUUCCACGCAAUGAGGUACAAGAGAUGGAGAACUUAUUGCAGAAAGUUGGUGAGGAUAUAUUGCCUGGGGCUGAGAUUGUUUGUGGUGGAUCAUAUAGACGUGGAAAAGCUACAUGUGGAGAUAUGGACAUUAUUAUUACACAUCCUGAUGGAAAAAGUCACAAAGGAUUUUUGACAAAAUUUUGUACAGCGUUUAAAGGAAAUGAAUUCCUAAGAGAAGAUUUGAUUUUCAGUAUU